AUGUUGUCGAUUGCGAGCGGUGUUCGGGUCCUCAACCUCUUCGAGUGGUUCCUCUAUUUCCAGAUUGUCUUCUAUUAUAUCGAUGUUCUCUUCAAUAGUUUCUUUGAUCUCUUCGUUCAACUCUUUAGUCACUUCUUCUUCGAAGAAGUGACUAAAGAGUUGAACGAAGAGAUCAAAGAAACUAUUGAAGAGAACAUCGAUAUAAUAGAAGACAAUCUGGAAAUAGAGGAACCACUCGAAGAGGUUGAGGACCCGAACACCGCUCCUGUGAUUGACAUUGAAGUGGAAGACAGUGACGAAGACUCAAACAAAGAGGCGGCGACUAAAGUGUCAAAUAAAGUGCUUUUGGAGGCGUUUUUCAGUUCGACGCUUAGCUGUUGUAACAGAGAUAUGAUCGAUAAGGCGGCCAUCGAUUUCUGCACAAACCUCAACACCAAGAAUAACCGCAAAAAGCUGAUCCGUCAUCUCUUUACAGUCCCGCGAACUCGACUCGAUUUGUUGCCUUUCUAUUCGCGAUUUGUGGCACAAAUAUCACCCAUUAUGCCAAACAUUGCCACCGAUUUGGUGACUCUUCUUAAACAGGACUUCAAGUUCUUGUUCCGAAAGAAGGAUCAGAUAAACAUCGAGAGUAAGAAGAAAAACGUGCGAUUCAUCGGAGAAUUAGUCAAAUUUGAUAUCUUCCCCAAAACUGAAGCACUCUUUUGCCUUAAAUUAUUAUUAACUGAUUUCCGUCACCAUCACAUCGAAAUGACAUGUAAUUUGCUGGAGACGUGCGGCCGAUAUCUGUAUCGCUCUCCGGACUCUCAUUUGAGAUCAAAACUACUUUUAGAUCAAAUGAUGAGGAAGAAGGCUCUCUUGCCAUUCGACUCGAGAUAUAUUACAAACAUUGAAAACGCCUAUUAUUUCGCAAACCCUCCCGAAUCACAAGCCAUCACUCGCAUAGAGAGGCCUCCAAUGCAUGAAUACAUUCGUAAACUUCUUUACCACGACUUAAACAAAACAAAUGUCGACAAAAUACUGCGACAAAUGCGAAAACUGAAUUGGGAUGACCCGGAGUUGUCCUCAUACACCGUCAGAUGCCUGACCGCCAUCUGGAACGUGAAGUUCUAUAACGUGCGGUGUGUGGCCAACCUGUUGGCCGGUCUGAACUCAUUCCAGGAGUGGGUGGCACCGCAAGUGAUCGACGGCGCGCUCGAAGACAUACGUUUGGGAAUGGAAAUGAAUGCUCCGAAAUACAAUCAGCGAAGGGUAUCGAUGUGUCGCUUUUUGGGCGAACUCUAUAACUACCGAUUAGUCGACUCGUCGAUCGUCUUCAAAGUCUUCUAUUCGUUCGUCACAUUCGGUGUCUUUUACGACCAUUCAGUGUACACCGAAUUAGAUCCGCCCGAAAAUCUGGUCAGAAUUCGCCUCAUUUGCCAACUCUUGGAGACUUGCGGUCAAUAUUUCAGUUCAGGUCUCGCGAAGAAAAAACUCGACUGUUUUCUGUUCUUCUUUCAGAAAUACUUUUGGUUUAAGAAAACCUAUGAUUUCUACACCGAAGAGAAUCCGUUCCACUUUUCGAUGGAUUACUUAUUUAAAGAUGUGAUCCUUUUAUUGAGGCCUAAGUUUAAGUUUGCGGCCAAUUAUGAGUCGGCCCACAAGUGCGUCGACGAUCUGCUCAAAGAGUUGACGCCUCGAGUGCAGGAAGUGUUGCCUAAUUUUCAGCUCAAACUCGACUCGGAAACUGCGGCUGAAAGCGAUGACCAAAACUCGGGACUCAACCCAAUCGCUGAGGGCGAAGAAGAAUCGGCCGCUGAAGAGGUGUCGCAUCAGGAAAGCGAUUCCGAAGAUGAAUAUGAGGACCAAAACUAUCAACAUUUGGAAUUCAGACAAAAGACAACCACCGAUGAGGACAAUAACGGCAGCGAAAGCGAUGGUAACAUUGCAUCAGACGAUGGCUCGCAGCGAAUGGAUGGCCCGGAAUGCGGACCGAAGACCGUUCACUGUCCAGAAGACGAGGACUUUCUCAAAGACUUUGACAAAUUAAUGAGCGAAUCGCUGGUCUCCAGGAGUCAGGAAGUGGUGCGAAGUAAUACAGAUAUUGUGAUUCCUGUCAAUAGGAAUGUCACCAAAAAGAGUGUCGCUUUCACUGACUAUAAUGAGCCCAAAGAGGAGACCGAGGGUCCGACCAUUAACUUCAUGAUUAUGACCCGAUCUAAGGGUAAUAAACCUGUGCUGAGGACUGUUGACGUACCUCUCGAUUCGGAACUUGUGGUGAGUCUUAAAGCGAGAGAAGAGGCGGAAAAGGCAGAGAAGAAGAACAUUAAACAACUGAUUCUCGAUAUAAAUGAGAGGAGACUUCUGGAGGAGAAGGACGCGGAGAUGGGAUCCGCGGCCACGGCUUCGGCAUCAGCCACCGGUGCGGGAAGGGGUGACAACCGAAGGCGAUAUCAGCACCAGAGGGGAGCGCCAGACGCCGACGCGAUCUUUGGAAACAAGUAUUGGCAGUAAUUUGUCUUUAAAUGAAUUGCUUUCAUAUGAGAAACAUAUUUAUUUGGAUUUAACUCUAAUUUCGUAGAAAACGCUGAAAAUGAAGUCAUUUCUCAAAGAAAGUGCAAUACUUUUACAUUAAAUGUAUAAUAAAAA